AUGUCAUUGUGGACACAAUCGGCGGCCAAUUGGUCAUCACUUCCCGAAACUCUAUGGCUGUCUAUAUUUUCCAGAUGUCACUCAAUAGAUCUGUUGGUCAUCAAAGACGUGUGUCAUCAGUGGCGUCGAAUUGCCGGCGAUUUGUUCCUCACGUCUUGUCUUGAUUUGCGGUCAAAAGCCGUGGAUGUCGUGAAGUUGAAAGAGUUGUUGGACUUUGUGACCGACAAUCUGGUGGUACUGAAGAUUAAUAACAUUUUGACGACAAAAAAAUGUAUGGAUUUUAAUGAACUGAUUGAUUCAUUUGCUGACCUAUCGAUCGGACGGUCCGACACUUUAAUGAUUGAAGUGAUGGAUACUUUGCGUCAAAAGUGUUCACAAUUAAGACGAUUAUCUCUUGAAGGCAUCACUAACUACGUCCCAUACGAUAGUCUUCCCAACGGUUUAACUCAUUUAUCACUAAUCUAUUGUCGAAGUGAUUGUCUUAUAAUAUUUGACUCAAAUGUUGACCACUUAUUGACCAAAUUUGCGUCAAUUGUUUACUUAAAUAUAAGUCAUUUUAAUGUCUUUGAUUCCCAAAUGUGUCACUCAAUCAAUAGCUUUGUUUCACUUAAAUAUCUAUAUAUGGAGUCUUUGUUUCGUAUCAAUGACGGCGGUCUGUCAAACAUUACACCCAAACUGAUCAGUCAAAUGGUUGUCAUUGAUUUGGAGGGAACCGAUGUAACAGACGAGUCAUUGCAAUAUAUCUUAAAUAACGGCCAAUCUCUUGAAGAUCUAUAUUUAGGUCAAACCCUUAUUAAAGCUAAUAUUGAUUUCAGAAAAUCAGAGGCAAAACAUCUCAAAAAGUUGUGUCUUCUUAAGACUAAUGUCUCGACUAAGUCUGUACUUAAUAUUCUUCGAUAUCAUUCAACUCUUUGUUCAGUAAGAUGUGAUGAGACUAUUAAAAUGACAAUUGAUUCUCCGAUUAUGACAUCUAAUGUCCAGAUAAGCGGAUUGUGUAAACAAUAUGUGAUCUGA